CUGUCUCACUAACACACACACACACACUUGCCAACAGUACACACACACACACGCAUACACGCAGUCAGUAGAGUUGGAGAUGCAGAAAGUUGAGCAUCGCGUUAGUUUUACUUUCCUCGAUGUGUACCACACACUAGAGCGGUGAACGGAAACGCUUCUGUGUGCGGCUGUUGCUUACGUUUUCUCGUAUCACGGUGGAACGGUGGAAUUUCAUUACUUGGAAGCUGGUUGUGUUGGGUGAACGCCGAGCGAACGGGAACCGGGUCGGCAGGAUCAUCCGGAAAGAAUAUCCGGUCCUUGUGACAGGGAAAAAGAAUAUCAAACGCUUAAGCAAAGCGAAAUUAGAGCAGCAGCAGCACUCCAUAUUGAGGGUACGCCUCUCGGGGUGCCAUCCUGCAUUGGCAGCAAAGCGGCGGUACACCGCGGUGUCACCCAAAGGGCGCCGGGUCAGCUCCGAUUGCUGUGACGGUUUAAAGCAAUCUUUGGUACGACUUCGCCUCAUCCUGGACGUCCACUUUACCGGGCAUGUCGUCCGGAGGUGGUAAAAAGAAAGUAGUAGCAGCAGUAGCAGCAGCAGCAGCCGAAAACUCCCCUUCCUCCGUGUCGAUCGCAGCAUCCGUCGCAUCGCAAAGGCCUGCCGGCGGAUUAAAAUUGCUGAUUGAUAAGAACAGAAUAGGCGUGCCGUCCACCAAAGCACAGUCUGCAGUGCAAAAACAGCAGCAACAACAACAGCAGCAACAACAGCAGCAGCAGCAGCAGCAGCAAGUGGUUACCACCAGGCAUCUGUCGACCAGUCCGGCUGUGCCAUGUUCGUUGAAUGAUUCUUAUGUGAAUUUGGCAGGCUCGCUAACUGCUAUAAAGCUAGUACCAGCCGGAAAUUUGGCACCAGCGAAGGUUUCGGGUGGUACAAGCGUGAAAACUGGUACGGAGAGGAUCGAGAUGCGUGUGAAAGUGACCGGUGAAGAUGCGAAUCGCAGCAGCCCAUUCGCGGCCGGUGGUGGGCAGCAAGUGCCAACAUCGAAGCCAACGGCAAAAUUAAACAAUUUGGUCGGCAGGCGGAUCUCCGUACAUCAUCGAUUGAUCCCGACGCAGUUAAUCGAGGGUAACAAUGGGCAAGAUGCGACAAACCCACAGUAUGUGGAAAUUAGUAUCCCGCAGGGGAAAAGUUUAGGGCAGAUGAAGCUGGUAAGCUGUAAUCCUUCGGCUAACAUGAUGAAAUCCCAUCCGGGAAACCCUGUCCCGGCAGCUGUCAACGCGUCGUUUGCACUGGCAGCGACUACCCAAUCGCUCGUCGCAUCGCCAGUCCAGUCUGGCAGUGUUGAAAUUACUCAUGUUGCUUCAAAUAAUUGCAAUCCUGCAGGAAGUGCUGCUGAAACAACGCUGGCUUCGGCUGCUGCUGUGCUGCAGAACACUGAUGUGCAGCGAGAUGCUUCUAGAACGAUUGAAUUGCCAGCGGACAGGGCUGCCACAACGAACAAACCAAUCGUUAUAAAGAUUGCCCCAAUCCAAGCUGCUGCGCGUAGCCAAUCAGCGACUGAGCAGGGGAGCGAUGACGAAAUCGUUGACAUGGCAACGGAAAACAGCGAGACGCCAAAGGAAGCAGAACGUGUCGCGGUUGCUGAGCUUCACAGUGAGGUUGGAACUGCGAUCGACGCUGGUGGUGGAAGCACAGAUGCAGCAAAGGAACCGUCCGCAGAAAGUGACCCUGCUGUAAAGCCGACUGGUGAUGGUGCGGUAGAGUUGGAGGUGAACCCUCGGCCAUCUAGGGAGAUGAAAUUACUCCAGCAAACGCAUAAAAAGUCGAAAAUACUGACGGAUAUUAUGUCCGAGGCGUCUCGUAAGGGGAAGCUGCGGAAGCGUCGCUCGACUAGUGGCGGUAGGGGACCCGCACCAUCCGCUGACACAGGUGCGCAUACGGGACUGCGUAAACGCACGCGAAGCCGGUCGGCGACGAAUCCAAAUCCAAGCGCAGAGGGUGCGAAAGAGUUGGAAAACGAUCCUGGCACCGAUUUGAAGGUGCUAGACGAUUCGGGUUCGCUGCGCACGAGCAGCAAUAGAAAGAUACGUUUCGCUAGAUCGGAAUAUUCACUACACAAAGGUAAACACACAGCAGGCAGGAGCGACAGGUCCAUUAGCAAGGAUGACGAUGGUACUGGUGGGUUGGGUAAUGAUCCGGGUGCAUUUAUGUCCCUGGCCAACCUUAACCAAGAGCCGGAAAAGGGUGGCGUUAACGAUUUUCCCGGAGAUCCACCAAAGCCUGGAUGGGAUCGUUUCUGCUGGCGAUGCAAGUCAAAAGAUCCCGACUUGGGAUGCAGCAAGUGCAUCCGUAGCUACCACAAACUCUGCGUACGUUACACAGUGGACAAUCCCAACUGGAGCUGCACCGAAUGCAAAGCGACGACGGCCGGCUUACGCACAGACGUAGAUACGUUCUCGCAAUGUCUACGUUAUGCGUUAGACUUAGUCGCGACGCGUGAUGAGAAUAAUACUUUUAAUCCCUUCAAUGUGACCGAUUUUGAAGACUAUAAUAAAUACAUAAGUCAUCACAUGGACCUUUCCGUGAUAUAUGAACGGUUAGCUCAAAGAAAAUACAGUGCCCCCGAAGAGUUUGUAUCGGACUUGAGCUGGAUUGUACACAAUAUGUUAAUUUAUCCGGGGCAAUUGCAUCUUGUUAAAAUAGCCCGCACCAUGUUCAAGCGAGGAAAGCAGGAGAUGGAGGAGAUGGAGCCGUGCCAGGAGUGUUACAUAAAGGCCAACACCAAGAGUGAUACCAACUGGUUCAUAGAGCCGUGUUCCAAGCCACACCUGUUGUUGUGGGCCAAGCUUAAGGGUUACCCGUACUGGCCCGCCAAACUAUACGGCACGAACGCCAACAAUCAGGCGCACGUUCGCUUCUUUGGUGAUCACGACCGAGCGUGGUUGCCGGUGAAGGACUGCUAUCUGUACGCCAAACGCAAUCCCAACCCACAGAAGGUGGUACUGAAAUCGAAGCAAAUCACGUUCGCCAAGAGUAUAGCUGAUAUAGAGCUUCAUAUAGAGCAGCUACGCGAAAAGUACAAUACGUUCAAUUAUGCCGAAGAGUUCGAGCUGCUCGACCCUUCCAAUUUGGACAACCAGCUGCGGGCCAUGCUGCCGGGGGUUUUUGUGAAAAAAGUGAAAGUCACCAUUAAACGUAAUGAGGGCGAGAUGGUCGCCGUUGCUUCGUCUACGUGCGACGAUACGCCAUCUCCGUCGGAGAGUAAAGAGAGUGGCGGAAGCGAGCUACAAGGCGAGAAAGCUUCGCCGUCUUCUGCACACAAGGACGCAAAGCCCAGCAAAGGUGCCAGCCCUCGGAAGCGGCUGACCCGUCGCAUGUCUCGAAUUAUGAAAAGCCCUGCAGAACCGGUGGAACCGGUCGCAAACACAUCGAAGGAAUCGAUGGACGAUAGCGCUGCUUCCCCGGCAUCGUACAAUGAUACAGAGGCGAACGGAACCGUGGCUAGUGGUAAAGCGGUCGAUAACAAACGGCACAGGCUCAAUGAAGAUCGCGAAGAGCUGUCGCUAUUGAUACGGCGCGGUUCGCAAUCGUGGGAAACGGAACCACUGUCCAAGCGCCGUAAGUCGAUCGUUGACAAGAGUGCUUUGAAAACUGCCGGCUCUAAAACGGCCCAGCCAAACAAAAAAGUGGAUGCAAAGCUGGCCAAGGUGUCUCAGCAGGACAGCACCGUCCUGCCCGAAGCUAAACCAGAAGCCCAGCCUGUCCCUCCCGUCGAGGGAAGUGCAAAUCCAGAGGCCAACGCGGCUGCUACGGCAAUUAAAAGCGUACCACCGCCGGCAUUACUAAAACCUACCGAAAAUGUGCUAACGUCGUUGGAUCUGUGCCGAACCAGCGUUACCAAGCAUGCACUCGUUAGCAUACCGGCAGAUUCGACUGCAGCAUUCGUCACUCAGCAAGAAAAAGAUACUUCAAAAACGCUGGCAACUGCGGGAGAGGUUUGUGGACCGGCAACACCAUCAACAGCACCUUCAAGCAUGUUAAAUAGCACGUCUUCCACGGUUAGUGACAUUAGCAUCAAGCAGGAAAUAAUUUCCGACGAUGAAACCCUGGUGAAAAGCGACAAGAUUGAACGGUCAACUACGACGGAAGUAAAACGGAAGGAAAAUGAAGUGGACGUGUCGACCAAAUCAAGAGUAUCCUCAGUAACUUUGUCUAAAUCUUCGGAACAAGAAGUAUUAGCUGUUUCUUUGGUUCCGGGUAAAUGCGUUCCCAAUGCUGGCAGUAAUGCAGAUGACACUGUGAUGGCGACCGAUUCAACCAGAGCGUCGUUAACUCAGACCAAUGCGGAGAUCAAAACUGGCCACUCAAAUGGUGCUCAAAAGAUAGUAUCAAGCAAUCCAGUCCCGGCUCCAGUGCCGGUUAAUACAACGGCAAAAACAAAUGAUGUGACCACUGGUGCUGGUACUGCAACUACGCUUGGACCAAGCAGUCAGCGGGCGGGCUCAUUACAAGCAAGCGAUGCGAAUAGCAGCGUAUCUAUUUCGGUCGGGGUGAAACGAAACCAAGCAGCAGUGCCAGCUACUAAGACCACGAAAGAAAAUGGCUCUGCGAAUGGAGAUGUUGUUCCGGUCAAAGCAAGUGUUGGUCCGAUAGAGCUGCCGGUUUCUGCGGUUCCCAAAGGCAAUGAUUCGGGCGCUGUUACGGUGGUGUCAAGCAAUCAGCGGGCUAGAAAAUCAUUUCCGGGCGGAGCUGCCAAUGCAAAGCACGCCGCUACUGCUAGGCAACCGACACCGAACACAAACGCUGUAGGAAGCAGCAUACCGAAUGUGUCGGCAAUGCGUAACUCUUCGCUGGAAAGCUUGUCGAUCGAGCACAAGUCCCGUGAGGAGGCGACGGUGACAAGACGGUCCCAGAAUUCAAAUUUGUCAAGCUCGUCGACAGUGCCCGUACAAUCGGCAGCCCCAUCUUUCCCUCCACGAGUCACAGAGGCGCCCAAACGAACUGGCAGCAUGAACAACACGAGUCCCAACGCUAACAGUAACGGUGUCGCUUUGGUGCCGAAGCAGCUCGUUCCCGCUUCUACGACCAUUUCUCUGAUUCCCAGUGCAGCUGAUCGCAUUAGUGAUAAACAUAUGGCACCCAUUGACUUGGACAACGAUGACAUAAUGAUCAUCGACGAAGAUAUCCCGUUGGCAGCAGAUCAAAGUAAUGCUUCAAGCAGUCAAUUGGCGCUUCCUCCGCUUGUGCCGAGACCUCAGGUGCAGAGUCCACGAACUGAAUCGACCGAUCGGGAAGACCUGUUGCGUCCUACGGACGUGCUGAACGACUGCGCUGGACAGCUCUUGGACAGCUUCCGCUUGACGAUAGAGAACGUGCUGUCCGAUCUGGCUGAUAAAGGAUCGCCAGCGGCAGAGGUUUCGCUUCUUAAAAUAAAGCUGGACCGGUCUCAGAAGCAACACGAGCAGCGUACAACCGAACUGGAAACGCAGCGCAAAAUGUACGAAGGCAUGAUGCAGGAACUGCGCCAAUCCCUUGAGCAGGAGAAAAAACGCGCCCUCGUCGAGCAGCGGGAGCAGCUGCAGCGGGACAAGCAGCGCGCAGUGCAGUCUGCGAAACAGAAGCAAUGGUGCAAACGUUGUCUGAAGGAAGCGAAAUUCUACUGCUGUUGGAACACUUCGUACUGCGAAGUAUCCUGCCAGGAGAAGCACUGGAACGAGCACAAAGAUGUGUGCAACCAGGCAGUGGAGAAAAGGGCACGUUCCGGUUUACCCAUGUCGAUGGUACCGACCGUGCCAGACCAUUGUUGGGCGGAGGAUGGCAAGGACCGUACGCCGGAGCAUGGCGGCAGCGUUCGUCCCGUGCUUCUGUUACCGGUAACGACGAGUGUCACCAUUUCACCCGACAAUAGUAAGGGCAGUAUGCGAAAGCAUGCGGCUGCUGCUGCUGCUGCUGGUUCCGGUCCACGGGGCAUUGCUUCGCCUGAUAAUGGAGGAGGGCGCAAAAAAGUUACCUCUAGCCCUAGUACAGCUUCGCCGGGCGCAAGAGGAGACACCAACAACAUUAACACCACAAUUCCCAACAGUACCAUGGUGCCUACUGCAACCAGCACGCCGUUCCUUGCAAUGGCCCGUUCGUAUCCCAGUGGAGGCACAUCGGUAGCUAAUGUAUCUUACACUCCACCGAUAAUUAAAGCCGUCUACAGCAUAGAUACGGGUGCUAGUUUUCCGCAGCAUACGGCGCACAAUGGUGGCAACUUGGUAUCAAGUGCUGGCGUUGUAUCUAGUAUGCCCCAGCCACAACAACAACACCAACAGAGAAUGAAUACAUCACGUGACAAAUCGACCAAACGCUCAGAACGUCGUGAUAAUGUUGCUUCCAUUAAGGUGUCACAAGGAUACGUUCCAACUAGCACAUACGAUCUGACAACGUCACCGUCCCGUAUCACCACGGUACCGGUACCAUCGGCGACUGGUUCGAUGGCAAUGCGUGGGUACAGUCGGAUUAUCCCUACCGGAGAUAUUGCCAGCAUGAGUGUUUCCCAGAAUGUGUGGAACCAGAUCAGCAUGCAAUCAGCUACCAUGCGACAGUCGCACCUGGGCAAUGUUGGACCACUCGGCGGUGUGGAUCGAACCGGGCUAAGCGUUCAAUCCGCAGGUGACUUCAGAAGCCUGCAGCAUCAUACCGCAGCCACCGUACCAUCGCAGAAGCAAAAACCGACCCGGGAGCAAUAGCAGUGGCGACGUGGACGUGGCAAACACAGAGGAGUAACGGUGCAACAGCAAUGAUGAUUUAAAUGUCAGUGUCACGGAAAAUGCUGAUGUGAAUAUAUUUUAUGACACGCAACCGAGUUUUGCGCUGACUGUGUUUUAGCGAUAAUGGUAAUACUAAUUUAUGUAUCCUCCAUACAGUAAUGAACAAUUUUUUUGCAUAUAUAACAGAAGCACAUAAAGCUUUGUAUUACUUAACUUAAAAUUUCGUACAAUUUUAUAUUUACAAUACUUUUAUAGACGUAACUUAUCGAUAGUUUGAUCAUCGUUCACGAUGGUAUUAUUGAUUUCUCAGAAAUGUCAAUGGAUAUGAACUACUACUACUACUGCUACUACUGGUGCGAACAUUUGAAAAGAUGAAUGUUAAAAACAUUUAUAAUUGCUCCUAAUGCUAUAAAUUAAUGCAGAGUGCGUUGAACAAUGUACAGAUACAUACAAUUAAAACAUGAGACACUUAUAAGGCAGCCGUAGUUUGAAAUAUAUCAGUUAUCAUCCACUUUGGAUGCGAUACGGUUGUCUGAUGGUACAGGGUUGGGCACAGGGCAUGAUUUUGGGACACUUUCUUGACUUUUUCACAGAAAGUGGGAUGGGAAUUGGAAUCGGAUUGCACUCUUUUUGGAUAUGCUCAAUCAGAAUCUGAUAGGAAUUCCCAAUGCGCCUGCCGUAAAUGGGUGUAAUAGAGUCUAAUUCCCAUACAGUAAAGUUCACUUCCCGUUAAGAAAGGGUUAAGAAAGUGUCCCAAAAGUAAUAAGAACCCCUUUAUUAAACCCUUUUAGAGAUAAAAACUACGAUCGAAUGCAGUUUGAGUGUGUUGCAUUGGUUCCAAGAUGCGUAUUCUAACGCGUACACUAUAGGGAGUAAUUUUGUUUUGAAUUAUUACGAAUGAUUUACGCAAUAGCUAUUUAAGAAGCUAUGGUAUUAAAAAUUAAACGAAAAUGCAA